UCCCCGCCUGGGUUCGUGGAAACCUCUCAACGUCACAGCGUCAGAGGAACAGCAAUGGCGACAAGGAGCUCUAGGUUUCCACGGUCCCAAGCAAGCAGAGGAAAUUCAUGCAAAAACAUUUUUAAUAAAAUCCGACAGGGCCAAAUCACUGGUGUUGGGUUGACUAGAGGGUCCCAGUUUCCUGUGGCUCUGCUGGAGGACAGAGAUAAAAGAGCUCAAUGGCAGGGGAUACCAGUGUUACUGAGGAGACUUCACGAGAGCAGCCAUCCGAACAGCGAUCUCUCCAAGAUUCACAGCAUUGUCAUGGAACUGUCAUCAUUGCUGUCUAUGGAGGCCAUGUCAUUUGUCACAGAGGAGCGCAAAACACCACAGGAGUCGGUUUCACCCAAUACAUAUACGUUUGACUUGUUCGGAGGAGUUGAUUUAUUUGUAGAGAUUCUGAUGCGGCCAACGCUCACAGUACAGGGAGACCUACCCAUAUUGAGUGAUGAUCUCAUCAAGGAUUGUCUAAGUGUCCUGUACAACUGCUGUAUAUGUACAGAGGGCGUUACAAAAAGCCUUGCAGCGAGGGAGGAUUUCGUCAUGUUCCUGUUCUCUCUCAUGUCGAAUAAAAAGGUUUUCCUACAAACUGCCACCCUUAUUGAGGACAUUCUGAGUGUUCGAAAGGAAAUUAUCCAGCUUGAAGAAAUUCCCAACUUGGCCAGUCUGGUCCAGAGCUUCAACCAGCAGCAGCUGGCCAACUUCUGUCGUAUCCUCUCGGUCACCAUAUCAGAGCCAGACGUGGGUGUAGAUGACAAACACACCCUCCUGGCCCGCAGUACCCAGCAAAAGACCAACACAUGCCCAUCGUGUGCUGAGAGCAACCAGGUGGCUCUGCUGAAUAUCCCAGGCUUUAUUGAGCGUCUUUGUAAGCUAGCCACACGGAAAGUUACAGAGGCGGCGGGUGCCUCUGCCCGACUGGAGCUGGAGGACUGGCACAGUUGGCUUGACAAUGCACUCGUACUAGACGCUCUCAUGCAGUUAGCAAUUGAGGAGGCAGAGCAGAACAGUACAGAGUCAUCUGAUGAGAGCUCACUGUCCUCUAGUCCACUCAGACACAGGCUGCCCCAAUCUAUGAAGAUCGUGCAUGAGAUUAUGUACAAAGUGGAGGUUCUCUAUGUGCUUUGUGUGCUGCUUAUGGGCCGACAGAAAAAUCAGGUUCACAGAAUGUUGGCAGAGUUCAAAUUAAUUCCAGGUCUCAAUAACCUGUUUGAUAAACUGAUCUGGAGAAGGCAGACUUCUGGUCAUGUCCUAUAUCGGCAGAACCAGAACUGUGACUGCAGUCCAGAGAUCUCUUUCAAGAUCCAGUUCCUCAGGCUGCUGCAGAGCUUUAGUGACCACCAUGAGAAUAAAUACCUUCUUCUAAGUGGACAGGAGCUGAAUGAACUGAGUGACAUCUACCUGAAUGCAAACAUCAUUGAAAUGGAGGCACUGAAUAACACAGACAGAAACCUUGUCUGUGAUGGUAAAAAAGGUCUUCUUACACGGUUAAUCUCGGUCAUGAGGAAAGAGCCAAUUGAUUCUUCAUUCAGGUUUUGGCAGGCAAGAGCAGUGGAGAGUUUUCUGAGAGGAACGCCAUCAUAUGCCGAUCAAGUUUUCCUUCUCAGAAGAGGCUUGUUAGAGCAUAUUCUAUAUUGCAUCAUCGACAGUGGCUGCAAGUCACAUGACGUCCUUCAGAGCUACUUUGACCUACUUGGUGAGCUUAUGAAGUUCAACAUCGAUGCCUUCAAAAGAUUAAACAAAUAUGUCAACACUGAGGAGAAGUUUCAGAUGUUCCUGACUCAGAUCAACAGCUCUCUGGUAGACUCUAACAUGCUGGUGCGAUGUAUCGUCCUGUCUCUAGACCGCUUUGAGAGCCAGACUAAAGAUAUGAAAGUGGUUGAAGUGUUUUCAGUGUGUCGCCUCUUGUCCUACAUGGCUCACGUGGAAAACAGGUUGUCCUUCCUUUUUAGACUGACCAGCAUCAUCAAUGUCCAAACCCUCACUCAGCUGUAUAAUGACUAA